AUUACGCGUGAAAAACAAAAAAGUACCCACCUGGAAGUUUCCUUCACAAUUAUAUAAAUAUAUAUCCAAUCAAUUCACAAACCUUAUAUUAUACACACAAAUCAAAUCAUUCAUCAAAACCUAACAAAAAAUCUCUCAAAAAUCUCAAAAAUCAAAUUUCUCUGUUCAUUACCAUGGAAUACAGAAUCUUAGAACUCAACAUAAUUUCUGCAAAAGAUCUCAAAGAUGUUAACGUCUUCUCCAAAAUGGACGUAUACGCUGUCGUUUCAAUCUCCGGCGAUCCAGUUAAUCCACAAACCGCCCCAACUAACAUCCACCGUGACGGUGGAAAAAACCCUACAUGGAAUUUCCCUAUCAAAUUCACAAUCAAUGAAUCUCUCGCUAACCAGAAUCGUCUUUCUCUUGAAAUCAAACUUCUUUCCAAUCGUACCCUUGCCGGAGAUACUAUAAUAGGUACCGUUCAUAUUCCUCUCAAGGAGCUUCUUGAUAAUCCUGCUGGUGAUUCUUUUCGGCAACUUAGUUAUCAGGUUAGAACAUCUUCAGGAAAAGCUAAAGGGAAUUUGAAUCUUUCUUAUAAAUUGGGGGAGCAUGUUGCAGCUCCGGCGUCGUUAAAGUCGAAGAAAUCGGAGAAACAUGAGGCGGUGAAAGGGAAACAGGAACCGGUGAUGGCUUAUCCUCCACCUGGAGUGGCGGUGGGGUCUAGUUCGGUGCCUUAUGGUACACCAUAUCCUCCACCGCCACAACACGCUGCUGGUGGUGAUGCUGGUCAUGGAUACCCACCUCCAGCAGCUGCUUAUGGUGGAUAUCCACCUGCUCAGUCUGGUGGAUACCCACCUGCCCAAGGGUAUCCACCUGCUCAGUCUAGUGGAUACCCACACCCUCAAGGAGGGUAUCCACAUGCUCAACCAGGUUAUGGGUAUCCACCUCAAGCAGGUUAUGGAUAUCCACCACAACAAGCGGGAUAUGGGUAUCCACCACAGCAACAAUCAGGGUAUGGAUAUUCGGGGGCACAGAAACCUAAGAAGAAUAAAUUUGGAAUGGGAUUGGGAGCAGGGUUGCUUGGAGGUGCUUUAGGUGGGAUGUUGAUUGGAGAUAUGGUUUCUGAUGAUGCUGGAUAUGAUGCUGGCUUUGAUGAUGGUGGUGGUUUUGAUUUUUAGCUUUUAAUGAAUGUUUCUUGUUUAUGGAUUAUUUUACAUUUGGUUUUUUAUUUUGAGGAUAUAUGCUAUUUGGUGUUUACUGUGUAUAUUGAAGCUAACUUGAAUUUUAUAUUUAGCUUGAUAUAUAAAUGUAACUUUUAUGCUCGUGACAUCUAA